AUAUCUGUUUCCAAUAUUUCAAUAAAAAAUAUUUUUGCAGGAGAAAAAAAUCACAUCACCUAACUGUACGUGUAUGCGUGAUCCUUUAAGGAAUAAAACAAGCGUUUGUCCGUUGUUUAAGGUUUCCUACACUGGCCGGCAAAAGUACGACGCAAUUCCAAGUACACGAUCAAACUAAACGGCAAUUACACGAAAAAUUAAACGGCAAAGAAGACAAAGGACGCACAAGAAAAAAUAUGCUGAAAUUUUUCUUGUUCGUGCAGACUUUCAUUUAUGUGACAAAACGGGAGGUAUUUGCACAACAGGUGAACAAUACACUUUUGAACACAAAGUUUAUUAUAAUUUCAAAUACAUCCUCCAAGUCUGAACCCAAAGUUUACCACAGUAUUUACACAGCAGAAGCAUCUCCAAGAACAAAGGUACCUCUAACAAAAGUACUUCCAAUAAAAGAAGUCUUUCCAACAACAGAAUUACCGCCAAUAACAAAAGUAUCUUCAACAACAAAAGUACCUCCAAUAAAAGAAGUCUAUCCAACAACAGAAUUACCGCCAAUAACAAAAGUACCGUCAAUAACAAAAGUAACUCCAAUAACAAAAGUACCUCCAAUAACAGCAGUAUCUCAAACAAGUGAAAGAAUCUUUACAACGUCAUUGACAGAAUUUAUCAAAGCAACAGCAAGCACAGCAGUGACAGUCACAUCAACUCCAGCAACAGUAACACCAAAAGAAACACCAGUAGUCACUGCAAAACCCACAACACUACUACAACUGUCUAGUGGAUUGUUUAGCGAGUUUUUACCACGUGGAGAAGUGAGAAUUUUCUUGAAAGUCAGAAACGAUGUGAAAUAUUUUUAUAUUCGGACAAUUCUCUGGGACAAAGGAACGUAUCUAGUUAUACGCAGAAGAAAACAAAGCUCGCCAAAAGCAAAAACAAGAUGGUCAGGCAUUAAAGUAUAUAGAAGCCGUCGUUUUCCAGUAAGAGUAAGGCCGGGAUAUGAGUUGGAUCUUGGAGUGUGGGCAAGCGUUUAUUGCAGGAAAAUGAGAUAUGGAUACUUGAAACGACACAUCUGCGAAUGCAGUAAUACUCCAGCUGCUUUCUAUUGGAAAAUUUACAAAUAGCUUCUUGUGACGUAACGUGACGUAACGUGACGUAAUGAAAAAUACAAUUUCUUUAAUGUCUACCUAUUUCACUGCGAGGUUUACAAUCAUCAACAUAUCGUUAACUUUCUUUAUUAUUUCUAUUUAAUCUUUAUCAUUUUAAUAUAUUUUACAUAUCACAUAUGUAUAUAUAAUGUGCAUAAAUAUGUAACAAACGAGUUUGGCUCACGUAUACCAAAUUUCAAGAAUUUAUCAUCAAUGCAGAAAUUGGUUAUUACUGCACCGGAAAAUUAGCUGUGGAGCGUCGAUAGUGACAUCACUCUGGAUAACCAAUGCAAUCAGGAAACGGCAAAAUGACGUAGGGAUGUGAACAGGCAUAUCUCGAAGAACAUUCUGCCAUUAAUUAUUUUGCUCGUAUUUACGACAAUCGGAAAUGAACGUGUGAAGUGGGAAUUUUAGCAGUCCAAAUGAAAAUGCAAAUGUUUCAAACAAUUGAAAGACUCCUUUGUAACCCCGAUUCUCAAUGAAAGGAAGUUUAGCGAUACAAACAUAAAACACUCAGACUUUAUAAAGAAUUGAACACAUUCACUUGAUGAAGGAUUUUGAGCGGCAAUAGAAAAUAAGUAGAUUGAAACGAAAAGCUUAAAAAAUUGAACUACAGCUCGAGGAUAAUGUUUGUGUUUCAUUUUCUGUUGCUACUCCAACUCGCAACUUAUGCUCGUGCAAGACCAAGAGAGACAUUCGAUGAACUGGACGCUCUCGACGAAAUCUUAACACAAGCGUCAAAUGAUGCAAAUUUGAGUCCUGGUUUCGAUAUCAAUGCCUAUCGUCAAAACCAACUCGACUUGCAUAAUUACUAUCGAAGUCUUCAUGGAGCUCCUUUGAUGACUAAAAAUGACACAUUAACCGCUCAAGCACAGUCCUAUGCAGAGGAACUAGCAACUCGCAACGCCUUGAGGCAUUGUGCUGACACGCCUGGCUGUAAUCCUUAUGAUGCGGGAGAGAAUCUCGCGUCAGGAGGAAACAUAGAAUUGAACGCCACGGUCUUGUGGUACAAUGAAAUACAUGAUUAUAAUUUCUGCUACGAUAUGGACACCUCUCCAACAAAACCGGGCAGUCAGGACAGACAAAUCGGCCACUUCACGCAGGUUGUAUGGGAAGGAUCCACCGAACUUGGUAUUGGCUACGCAAGAACAGCAGACGGAAGAACUGUUUAUGUUGUAGCAAGAUACAAACCGGCCGGUAAUGUCAGAUCACCGACGAGGACUCUCUAUCGAGAUAAUGUCAAAUUUCCGAAUUAUCUCAAUGCGACUAUCGAUAACAAUUGUCAAAGAACAAAUGGUAACUUCACAGACUGGAUGGCCGACCCCAAGUGUUCAAGAUCGUGUGGAGGCGGCGUUCUUUUAGACAUUAGAACUUGCACAAAUCCAAAACCUUCACUUAAUGGUGCUCUUUGUGUGGGCAAUACCAAACGAUUACGGUCAACCCAAUGGUGUAAUAACUUUAAAUGUUUGGCGAAUGAAGAUACAAGAGGUUUUCAGUGUUCAGCACGAUUUUAUCGAAGUGGGCGAGCAUAUACUUUUCCGGAUCAGGAGUGCGUGUUGUUUUGCUUCCUGGCAGAUCCACGAUUUGUUGAGAAGGCUGGAAAUGUGGACGAUGGAACUCACUGCUCAAACGGAUCCUGCGUUAAUGGAGUAUGCAUGGUAAUGGAUCAGUAUGUUGAAGGAACAAGACCACCAUCAACAACAGCAGAACAAACGACAACAGAAGCAACAACAGCUGAACCAACAACAACAGAAGCAACAACAACAGAAGCAACAACAACAGAAGCAACAACAACAGAAGCAACAACAGCAGAACCAACAACAGCUGAACCAACAACAACAGAAGCAAUAACAGCUGAACCAACAACAGCAGAACCAACAACAGCAGAACCAACAACAGCAGAACCAACAACAGCAGAACCAACAACAACAGAAGCAACAACAGAAACAACAACAGCAGAAGCACAAACAAAACCAAAAAGCAAACCAACAACAGCAGAACCAACAACAAGCAGAACCAACAAUGAAGGAACAAAAAAAAGCAGAACCAACAACAAAGAACAAAAUAAAAAACAGAAGCAACAAAUAGCAAUAGAAGCAAACAACACAACAGAACAACAACAGAAGAACAAAGCAACAGCAGAAAAAACAGCAGAACAACAACAGAACAGAAGAACAACAGCAGGAACAACAACAGAAGCAAUAACAGCUGAACCAACAACAGCAGAACCAACAACAACAGAACCAACAACAGCUGAACCAACAACAACAGAAGCAACAACAGCAGAAGCAACAACAGCAGAAGCAACAACAGCAGAAGCAACAACAGCUGAACCAACGACAACAGAAGCAACAACAACAGAAGCAACAACAGUAGAAGCAACAACAACAGAAGCAACAACAGCUGAACAAACAACAACAGAAGCAACAACAGCUGAACCAACGACAAUAGAAGCAACAACAACAGAAGAAACAACGACAACAGAAGCAACAACAACAGAAGAAACAACGACAACAGAAGGAACAACGACAACACCACAACUACUAAUAAGUCUGGGAGGAACUCUAAGAGCAACUUUAAGAUACAGACGAGGAAGAAGGUUGUUGACGAUGAGAAGUGGAGUAAGAUUAUUUUAUCUUUUCAUAAGGCGUCCAGAACAACUGAGAGGAUUAUUACUUGUUUACCGUACACGAGCAAUUGGUUCGUCAAGAAAAAUGAAAUGGAAAUAUAUCGUACUUCGUCGUCGUCUUUAUCGUUUCAUAGUGCGGAUUCCCACAGGAAGACGAUUAGAGACAGGUAUAUAUAAUCUUUAUUGCCGAAAGCGAUGCAUAAGACGCCGAGGAAGACGUCGCUGUCGUUGUCGCCCAGUCCGCAUUAACAUGAUAUGGUUGGUCAUGUAAUAAUGCCGAAAGACAAUUCAAACAUUGAGCACCUAAUGAAUCACAAUGAACAAAAAACGACAUAUGUGCAUGUAAACACUCACAAGUAUGUCAAAACACAAGCACUUGGUAAGUUAGUCACAGAAUUUGCAUUAAGUUAUAAAAAAAAACCACUUGUAAGCACUUGGAUUGAGAUUAAACGUUCUUAUCCUUAA